AUGAGUUGCUUGAGCUGGAACUGUCGUGGGCUUGGGAACCCACAAACAGAAGAUGAACUGGUUGCGAUGAUGCACAACAAAGAUCCCAAGUUGGUGUUUUUGAUGGAAACAAAGGUGGAAAAAGUAGUUUUAGAACGUAUUGGCCACUCUGAAUUUAAAAGGUUCUACAGAAAAGGUAAGCCUUUCCGCUUUGAAGCUAUGUGGUUGAAGGAUAAUUCUUGUGAGGGUGUAAUUUGGGAUUCCUGGGAUUCUAGACAGCCAUCUGAUUUGGUUUGGGGGUUUAAUAGAAAAAUAAUGGCUUGCCAAGAAAACCUCAAAGUUUGGAAUCGAACUACAUUUAGUCAUGUCUGGUCUGCUCUGAAGAGAAAGAUGGCUGACUUGAAGGAAGCUAAAGAAGGGGACUGUUACAGAACUAAUCCAGGCCGUAUUCAGAUGCUUAGAAAGGAAAUUGGUAGCCUCCAGUCUAGGGAAGAAUGUAUGUGGAAGCAAAGGGCUAGAAAAACUUGGCUUAAAGAAGGUGAUCGUAAUACUGCUUACUUUCCUUGUAGAGCUAAUCAACAGAAUAAGAGGAAUUUGAUUCUAGGAUUAGAAGAUGACAAUGGGGUGUGGGUAGAGGAUGAAGCCGAUUUGGGUGGUGUGGUAGAGGGGUACUUUAAGAAUAUCUUUUCCACCUCAAACCCGUCUGGAUUGGAUAGAAUUUUAAAUGGAAUCCCGUACCCUGUGAAUGUUGAUGUGGAUCCGUGUGUGGGGGGUGAGUUUCAAGCUUUUGAAGUGAAGUAA